UUUAUCAAACACUUUGAGUAACAGAUUCAUACAUUAAUUUCCUUCAGGCAUUUUACACUUUAUAUGUAUUCCUCUAUGGUAUGUCUUUUGAUUAUCAGCUCCUUUGUCCUACAUAACAUUAUAUAUACAACUGUGCAAUGUUAUGCUAAAUUAAUCAAAGCAGCCGACAGAAUCACUCAGUAGCAAUCAGAUCCUCAUAUGUAAAAGCAUGUGCACUUUAAUCUUUUCCUCGGUGUUCCUUUCCCUCAGGUUUUGCUUAAGUGCUGUGCAUUUGACCAUUAAGCCACUCAUGUCACAGCCUUCUCUUAUGGGAAAGUUAAUGUUUCUGUGUGAAUGACCUGCGUGUGUCUAGGGAGGAGUUAAUCACUGAGCUUGCACGAUAUGUGAUGUAAUCCUACUACUGCCAGGCCAUAGUGACUUGCAGAAUUGUGUUGAAGUAACAUGUCAAAGGGUGAAGAUUAAAUGAACAGAACUCCCAACCUCUCCCAGAUUUGAUGCCAUGCUUCAAAACCUGAAAAGUGACCUUUUCCUUCCUUAAAAAUGCUUAAUAUAAUUUAUUAUUGUGGGUUCUGAAAAACCCUUAAACGUAUUAACUUGUUGCAGACAUCUGCUCCUCCUUACCUUUGUAUCAAUUAAGUUAUCUAUAGAUAACUCUUAUGACAGUUCCUAUACAUUUACUUGAAAUAAUUAACCCAGAGGCUACAUUUAACCCACUUCUUAGACUUUAAACCACAGCACAAUCAAUGACAAAGCACAAAUUAUUGAACUCACAAAGCCAUGCUCAAGGCUGUACGUGCAACCAGAAACCUAUCUGCAAACACUAUCCUCUUAGUCUAGUUGUGAUGCCCCUCCUAUUCUGAACUCAUUGACAGUCCUUUAAAUUACCGUUUCUGUCCCGUCUACUGAAUCAAUGUAAGAGACAUGGUAAGAGCACUGAAUGUUCCUGUUCUGGGGCUCCUAGCCUGGCUUUGCUGGUCCUCCUCGCAGCCUGUGCAGGCUGAAAAGGUGCUUGUCAUACCAGUGGAUGGCAGCCAUUGGCUUAGCAUGAGGAUCCUGGUGGAAGAACUGUCUCAGAGGGGUCAUGAGAUGGUGGUCCUGGUACCUGAGAUCAGUGUUCUAAUUGGGAGUUCUGGUAAUUACAUUACUAAGAGUUUCCAUGUGCCUUACAGCAGUGAUGAGUUAAGCAGUCAGUUGGACAUAAUAAGGAAAAGUGCAUUCGAUAAGCCACCGGAAUUUACUGAUAUCUUUACGAAUUUGGGAAACCUGAUGAAAUUCACGUCUAUGCAGGUGAAAGGUUGUGAGGGGCUCCUGUAUGAUGAGUCCCUUAUGAAGAGUCUUAGAGAGAUGGGAUUUGAUGCUAUGCUUACUGAUCCUUUCUUGCCCUGUGGUACCAUCCUUGCUGAGGCCUUUUCACUUCCAGCUGUUUAUUUCUUGCGUGGGAUUCCCUGUCGGCUUGACGAGGCUGCAGCCCAGUGCCCCACACCUCCAUCUUUUGUCCCACGCUUCUUCACUGGUUUCUCAGAUAAGAUGAAUUUCCCUCAGAGAGUGAAAAACACGAUUAUGAGCGUUUUCGAAAUGUAUCUCUGUCGCUUACUGUUUGCCAGCUUUGAUGAACUGGCCAGUAGAUAUCUUCAGAAGGACACUACUUACAAAGAGCUACUAGGUCAUGGUGCAGUCUGGCUUCUACGCUAUGACUUUACAUUUGAGUACCCCAGACCUCUAAUGCCUAACAUGGUCCAAAUAGGCGGCAUCAACUGUGCUAAGAAGGGUCCUUUGGCGAAGGAGCUUGAGGAGUUUGUGAAUGGUUCUGGUGAGCAUGGGUUUGUUGUUUUUACUCUGGGCUCCAUGGUGUCACAGUUACCCGAAGCCAAAGCCAAAGAGUUCUUUGAGGCAUUUAGACAGAUACCUCAGAGGGUUCUAUGGAGGUACACUGGACCUGUCCCUGAAAAUGCCCCAAAGAAUGUCAAAUUGAUGAAGUGGCUACCACAAAAUGAUCUCUUAGGCCAUCCUAAGGUUAAGGCUUUUAUUACACAUGGUGGAUCGCACGGAAUCUAUGAAGGAAUCUGUAAUGGGGUGCCAAUGGUGAUGCUUCCGCUAUUUGGAGACCAAGGAGAUAAUGUUCAGCGCCUAGUGUCUCGAGGGGUUGCAGAAACCCUGAGUAUCUAUGAUAUUACAUCAGAAAAAUUACUGGUGGCACUGAGAAAGGUCAUCAAUGACAAAAGCUACAAGGAGAAGAUGACAAAGCUUUCAGCUAUCCAUAAAGACCGUCCCAUUGAGCCUCUGGACCUGGCUGUGUUCUGGACUGAGUUUGUUAUGAGGCACAAAGGCGCAGAGCAUCUCAGACCUGCAGCCCAUGAGCUGAACUGGAUUCAGUACCAUUGUCUGGACGUUAUCGGCUUUCUCAUUCUCAUUCUAGUGACUGUUAUUUUCGUGACUGUCAAAAGUUGCAUGUUCUGUUUCAGGAAGUGCUUUAGGAAAACUAAGAAAAAUAAGAAGGAGUAAAAAUACUUAACUUUAUGUGUCUUUAUGUGGGGUGAUUGUGUGGGGAAUUGUUUUAAUAGUAUUUUUAUUUUUUUAAUGACUCCAUUACUUGAAUCCAUCAAUGACUUGAACAAAGCCUCACAAAACCUUCUGACUGGUCAAAGGACUGCCAUUUUAUAAUUGUAGACUGCAGACUUUUAUGCACUAGCCCAGUGGCUUUUAUUUUCAAUACUUUUAAUAUCAAAUUACAUAUUAUAUUAGCUUUAAGAUUCACUUUAAAAUGAGCUUUGUGCACUUACGGAACAAUGAAAAUUGUCCCUGCUAAACAGUCCAUUGCCUGAUCUCUAAAUAAUUUUUUGUUGUCACUUCAACAGUAUAGUGUCAAACUGCCUGUCUGCUACACUGACUGAUAGUUGUUGGGAAGUGAAGGUUUUAGAAUGUAAGAAUAAGCUAUUUAUUCUUUGACAUAUCAGAAAAAUCCCCCUAUUAGGCUGUAAUAUGGAGGUACAGUAGCAAGGCAAAAGGAACGUCUAAAGUCAGUGUUUGCGUAACAUCAUAUAAUCUAAAAUGCCUCCAUCUCGAUUUUUGAAGGAUGCAUAGAUCCAUUGCAUCCUUCACUGCCUAUGAUAUACUGUACCACAACCUGUGCAUGCUGUUCGGCAGUUGAAUGAAAAGAAAAAAGGUGUCUGAUGGAGUGGUUGAAGGUUGUAAACAGAUUUAGAAAUCUGAUUCUAAGAAAUAAGCAUUCUAGUGAAGGGAUGGACGCCUGGAUCACCACCUCCGCUCUUCAGUAUAUAUAUAUAUAUAUAUAUAUAUUGAGUGAAUUAAAUUUAAACUGAUCAGUAUUUAACCUAAUGUGAUUAAGUGAAUUAAUUUAGUGGAACUAAUCAGUAUUUUUAUCACAUAUAUAUUUUGAGCUAAUGAUUUAUUACUCUAAGUAUCUUAAUAUAUGUUCUUUGUGGUGUCAUGCUCAUUCAAGCAGUUUGAGACCAUUCCAUAUCUGUCUUCAUGCUUUAGGAGACAGUGUGUCUUCUGACUAAGAGGCCUAGGUCAUGUAGGCCGCUUCUCUAGUGUCUUCAUGACCCAACAACAUACAUUUGAUUAUGAAUGUUUCUGCCAAGUUAACAAGAAUACAACUUCAGCUCUCCUGAGAGAAAGUCCAAUUAUCUCUAUGGUUUUAGUUCCAAUAAGAUAAGACCAGUCUCCAACAGAAGCUUUGUAGUAUAAGACCUUGAAUAGGAGAAACUGUGUGUGUGUGUGUGUGUGUGUGUGUUUUUCCAAAGGUAUUUCUGUUUCAGGAAUUCAGUAAAGUGAGAAUAGCAGUCGAGAGGUGGACAACUGGACCUCAGAGACCUACUACUGCCUAUUAAAGUAGACUGUCUGUGGCCUAGGACCUGACUUGGACGAUUGGAUCCUAUAUACAGAACUAAAACGUCAUGCCAACAAUCAAUGAGAUAAACGAUGUACAUGAUGACCGUGUUCAGAAAUGUUCUAUAGUUAUUUAUGCUUGUAACCAAUCAGAAUUCUAGAAGCUAAAGCAUUAACACCAGCUUGAUACUGUAUCUGACUAUAAGUAUUGAUGUUUUUGGACCUGAGUUCAGUUCGGGAUUCUCCUGUCUUCAAACUCAGAGGCUUUUGUACUGCUGACUUCUGCCAUUUGAUAUGGCAAACAACUCUCUUCAGUAAAAUUUCAACUAAUUUGAUUGACA